AUGACCGCCUUGGCUGAGGUUCAGAGUGCGCUGACUGAGUUCUAUUCUCAGGCCUCUAGUCCCGAGCGUCUUGCUCAAAUACAAGAAUCUCUCAUCACUUUUGAACAGCAGCCCUCCUCUUGGAUGGCGGCUAUCCACUUUUUGACCAUCUCCUCCGAUCAAUAUGUAUGUCUAUUCAGUCUCGGCAUCAUUGAAUCGACUGUGAAACGCCGCUGGACUCUCCUUUCAAACGUUGAGAAGCAGGAGAUAUUUCAGUUUUUGGAAAAGUACGCUUUCUCGUCAGAACAACAACACGUUGUGACCUCUUUCCUCUCCAUUGCAAAGUGCAAAGCCGUUAAGGUUUGGACAUCAAUUUGCAAAAAGGACUUUGGUCAAGUCCACACACAAUUUUUGGCAAGAAUAAUUGGCCUAUUGACCGUGCCUGCAUCUGUUACUACCGAAGCAGGUUUGCAGACUCUCUGGCUCUCUUUCUCCCUCUUCAAGGCUGCAUACGAGGAGCUUUUACGACAAGAUUUCGAAAUAAGUCAAAUGAAAGUAACCGAGAAUACUCUUCUUUUUGGUCGUUCAGUUCCUCAACUUUUGGGAGCACUUUUUGAGGCAGCGGAAAGACUUCUGGGGAUAGACAUUACCAAUUCAGUUAAGGCAUUGUUUUCUGAUCCUUUGGGUUGCGUCUCUGAAGAACGUUUUUUUACUGUUCUUCGCUUCAUCCUCUACUUCGAUGCCAAUCUUCUCUUCUCCUCUUCAACUAAUAAUUUGGAGCGGAGGGUAUCAACCCUCUUGUUGAAGAACUUUUCCAACUUUUUGGAGUGUCUAAGUGUUCUUUUAACCGUUUCCCCCAUCAAUGCAAUCGAUCAUUGCCGUCUUUACAGCCUUCUUUACAUAUUUCUAAUCAUGGGCUCUCCUAGGAUUCUGUCAACACUCAUCGAUGCUUCGAGAUCUCGUAAUCUCUCUCCAAAUGUGCCCGUUGAUUCCCUAGCCGAAAUAGGAAUGCAUAGUUUGAACUGCCUGACAGAGGUAGUUGAUCGCAAGGACUUCCAACGCGAUGCAAUGGCUCAACAUCUGCCCUUCAUAUUCCGCAUCCUCUACUGGGAUAUGUUGAUGCUCGAUACCCAGUUUCCACUCCCUGAUUUUGCUUCAUCUGUCAUCAACAUUAUGGCUGAAUCAGGUGUGACGUUAUCAACUUCUACUUCCUCCAACAACCUCUCCGGUCUGGCUUCUGUAACACAGUCAUUGGAAUCUAUUUCUGAGGAUUUAUACCAAAAAAUUGUGGAUAUACUUCGUCCCUUGGUCACCGUGUUUUUGCUCUUUUCAAAGUCCCAAAGUGAGGGAGUGGGAGAACAGGAGGGAGAAAGAGGAUCUUUAUACGCUUUUUCUCCUACGAAAUUCCUCCAGCGUGUGCAUUUUUUUACUUUCACAGUUUGCCGCUCCAUGACCCCAGUUUACCUCUCUGCUUUAGAUAUGUGGAAUGCCUAUCUUGAUUUUGUAAAGUCUUUCCACUACGGAGAUGCAAGUAAUUCCAAAAAACAAGUGCAGUUGCCCUCCCAAACUCAAAAAAUCAUAUCUGGUCUCUGCUCUUCCCUCCUCAUUACCAUUUAUUUUUCUGAUUCCGCAACAUACCUUGAUGUCCUUGACACCGAAUAUCCGUCAGGCGCUCUGGAGACGGAAGAAGCAUCAUCCUCUUCGGGAUCCUAUCUUGCUUUUUUCGACGAUACUCUACAACAAGCAGAUUCCAGUGAUUUAAUGAUGGACCAUGAGAGCGAGUACGCCAUAUUUAUGCAGACCUCGCUGACCCUUCUAUCCGCCAUUGCAUUCUUUAAUCCCACCACAGUGUUACACAGCAUCGCAGCUAAGUUUCAGGAGGGUUUGGGUAUCUUCACUCAACUCUGUAAUGCUCCUGAACGCAUGAGGCUUGAAGAACACACUACGCGAAAAUUACACUAUGCUCUACGUGACCUUGCAACAUGUCUAAAUUGUCUUGCAUAUCUCUCCGAUCAUUUCGGUUCUUUGCAAGAUGUUAGCAUGCUUCGAUGGCUCCUUGAAGCUCUCGUCUUUAAUCUGGAAUUGGGAGUGUCCUUCUGUGAUCGCUUAAAAACCCUGCAAGUGGAAACUAUUCAGCAGGAUGUUGUUCAAGUUGUGGUGGAGAAUAUUAGCCUUCUCCGAUGUCUCCUGACUAGUGGCUUUGUCCUCGUUUCUGAAGUGGGUACAACUGCUUCUGAGGUUUCACAGAGUUACGUUGUUCUUUCAAUAGCUGAUAAAGACGCCUUUGCUAUUUCUCUUUUGCAAUGCAUUCAUCGCCUGCUUCUCAUCUCUCCCAUCGCCUCUCUUCGGCUCCAUGCAGCCCUUCUCUUGCAGGCGCUUAUAGCGUCAUCAUCACCCCCAAGGUUUUCGCCUCCUGCUGCCCUUCUUUCCGAGGGUGCCUUUCUAGCUGAUCUCAUCGCUUGCUGUUGUGAACCGAGUCGAUUAAAAGCCUUUAGCAUUCCCGUUCAACGCCUACUUAUUCGGGCCAUCACUGCCUAUCUACUAACCGAUGAAAGCCCUAUUGCAAUUCUUAAUAAAACUAAUCCCAAACGUGCGGAGCAGAUGCAGGCUCUGACAGCUCAAAAGAGUAGUAUUCUCAUUAAUCGCCUUAUUCCAAUGUUCUCUCAGGCUCUGCAGCAAGAUACUUUAUCCACUGAUAGGAACGCCUACUUUGCUGGACUUUGUUGGCUCAAUGAAGCACUAGCCUCACUUAUUCCUUUGGGGAGUAAAAGCAGACGAUUGAUGUACGACACAUUGACGUCCUCUGGCCUCCUCACUCGCAUUUGGCAGUGUCUCGAAACCACCAGUCUUUCCUCCGAGGUGCAUCUUUUCAUUGCACACCUCUCUUUCUUCGUGCAGUUCACUGACAUCUACGGCAGUCAACGCUCCACCGCUUCCAUGAUCCCUGGCUUCAUUACAGCUGUGAUGCAACUACUGCAAGUGUUGGAGCACAACACCGCCACCGCACGUCUCGUCUCCCCUGUCAUCUCCCACCUCCUUCAUCUCCUUAAUCGCCUUGUACAGAAUCGAACAGUCUUCCCAACAAUGGCGAUCGAGGUCCUUCACUUCGUCAGCAACUGCCUUGUUGUAAAUCUUGCUGGUGGAGUAGUCACCGAUCUGCCCUCUAUCAUUGCUACUGCAUCCAAAAAUGAUCCUGAUCUAUGUUUGCGGGUCUUUCAAACCCUCUUCAACACUGCCUCUUACGCCUACAGCCGGAUGACUGCAGAAGAUGAGCAUCUUGCAACCUUCCUCCGACCCGUUCUUGCUGUUUUUACAGGAGAGGUCUUCGAUCCUCGGCUCCUAAUUGCCUGCGCCGAUGCAAUGGUGGAUCUCAAUACGCGGCAUCGAAUUUUUACCCUUCCUGCUUUUGUGAAUCACUGGCGAAAUCAGUUUGCGCGUCGAUUUUUGGCUCUUUUAUUUGAUGGAGGUAGUUCAGUUCAGCACGGGAGUGAUUCGGAAGCAGCGCUUGUGCGUUUGUUACACGGAAUCUACUGCUCGCCUGAAGGGUUUGCGAAAAGUGAUUUCUGCGAGACUGCAGUUGAGGCCUUCUUGGCGGAGAGGAUACCAUUGGUAAAAGGACAGCGACCCGUCGGACUGACAGCCACAUUUUCGGCGGUGGCGGCGGGGGAUUUAAAUACAGUGGAAGAGUUCAGCACCCUUUUGAGUGGGCUUUUGACUGAAAUGAGACAAUGGAUUCGAGGAGUCCAAAGCACCGAGGAGACGAGUGGUAAGAAUGGAUGA